AUGGCAGACAGAAGCCGGCGUGUGCGACGUCAGAUCAGCGAUGUAACUGACGACUUUUCCGAGGACUCAGACAUCGCCAGUGGUGAAGAUUACGAUCCCAGGAGAUCCGAUGCAAUGCGUAGAGCAAGCAGAUAUGAACACAGAUCCUCAGCAAACUCCAGCCCAGCUUCUUCGCGGCCUCGAAGAGCCGGUGCUGCAACAGCAGCCAGUGGCUUGUCGUCUGCAACAGUCCACCGUGGAUCCUCAUCAGCUGAUGAUCGCCGACAAAGCCUGAAGUUGACAGUCAAAGCCCCACCAAGCAAGCUGCGAGAAGUCAUGCGUGCUAACGAGGUUGAGUCACUCCAUGACACCUUGGGUGGUGGAAUGGUCCUGGAUGCCCCUCGCAGCAGCCGCCGUGCAGCCGCCGUCGCUCGACAACGCGGUCCACAGUCGCAGAGACCAAAGUAUGCCGAGUAUGAAGAAAGUGAUGAUGAUGACGAUGACCAUGACCAUGACCAUGAAGAUGACCAUGAGGAAGAUGAAGAUGCAGAUGAGCUUGAAGACGACGAAGAAGAGGACGAAGCCGAAAACGAAAACGACGACGACCCUAACGAUUAUCAUCGACUAGGUGCUGAACCUGAGGGAGGUACAGACAAUGAAGAUGUCGAAAUGGACGAUGCUCCGACCCCAGCCUCUGCCCAACCCCCGGCAAGACGGCAUGCUCCCCCUAAACCGCCAAAGAUCACACUCAAACCACCAGCAAAGACCGAUCCUCGCCAGCUAGCCAAGCCAAAACUCGUCGUUACUCCAGCGAAAGUUGGUCCCGUCAAAACAGUCGAGGAUCAGGAAAUGGAUGAUGAUCCUGAUGAUGAAGAAGUGGAUACCUCAUCCGAGCUCAGUGAUGAUGAUGAUGAUGACGAACACGCAUCAAAACUCAACGACGAUGACGCUGGAGGGGAGGAGGAGGAAGUUGAGGAGGAAGGCGCGGCUGGAGAAGAGGAAGGGGCAGAGGAGGAAGAUGACGAUGACGAAGAUCUGGAUUCCGACAGCGAUGAGACCCCCGGAUCAGGUACGGCGACCCCAGACUUGACCAAACUGACCAAAAGACAACGGGGAAGGCCAGAGGAUCAAACGCAACUUAUGGCUUUGGACAUGGCGCCGCAACAGAGAAAGUUCUUUACCGAUGCCGAGAAAGCUAUGAAAAAGGAUGAACAUGCGAGAAAACGCAAGGAAUUGACCAAACGUAAAGUUCAAGAGGAGAAAACUGCAGCGUUAAACAGAUUGCUGAAGCCUCAAGUCUCGAAAGCAAGAGGAGCGGCACCCAAGCCUGAGACGCUUGCUGCCGCUGCAGCCGCUGCCGCUGCCGGCUCGCCCUAUGAAGAAGAAGAAGAAUACAUACCCCCAGCACAUCCUAUCUAUACCAGAUGGAUCAGCACCAAGGACGGAGUCAAACUCGGAGUUCCAGAGGAAUGGCUGGGUAAACGGGCCGGCAACUAUUUUGGCCCCCCGUUAGGCCACAGCAAUGGUAGUCUCGUUCAGGAAGUCGAGUGA